AUGGUUCUACAGCGUGAGCGAGGGCUCAUCAUACCAAACGACUUUCGACUACCGUCGACAUGUACUCUCAGUUAUCAUCCACACUACGCCUGGUUCUUUGGAGUGCUGCCACCUGGCUCGGUGCACGGUUCUACGGAUUCCACGCUAGAUCCGCCGGCUUUCUCUGUCUAUGGGUCUUGGGCACGUGGUGCUCAUAUAUUUUCCUCUUCUUAUGCUGGAGGACCUUCGGUCGGCCACGAUUUAGGAGGAAAUCUCAUAUCCAAACACGUCUAUGCUAUUUUCGAUCAGCCACUGGGAACCCAAAUCACCAACUGGGUCAAUUCAAUCCCGAACAAUGGCCUCCUCCACUUUUAUGGCUUGAUGGGAGCAGAAUACUUAGUAGUCACCGAUGUCGAAAGCCUGUCGGAUGUUCUCAGCAAUCGGUCGUAUCAUUUUCAGAAAACCAGCGGACUGCGGCGAUACGCUGAACGGUUUUUUGGUCGAGGAAUUGUGAUCCAAGAGGGCGAUGAGCAUAAAAAGAACAGAAAGUCGUUUGUUCAGGUCUUUAACCAGCGGCAAGUGGAUAAGUUGAAGCCCGUGCUAUCUGCGAAGGCGGGACAAGUCGUCGAACAUCUGUUGGGGCUGUGCUCUAGACAACCUGGACAGGACGAAAAGAACUACGGAGGGGCCUCAAAUGCAGCCAUCAAAGUGGUCGAGUUCGCCAAACUGGUGUCUUUUGAUGUGAUGGGCAUCAUUGCACUGGGUAUUGACUUUAACAGCAUGCAGCACCACAACUUGGAACUAUUUGAAGUAUUUCAGACACUGUUUGCCACGGACGCGAAUAAGCAGCGCCAGUUUAUGUGGCAUAACUGUGCUCCCCCUUGUCUCGUUUCUAUGUUUCCGUCCACGAUAGAUCGACAGAUGGAGAGGGCCUAUCGCCAGCUCCGCGCAACUCUCGGUCAACUGAUUCCUGAAAGACUUGCUGCCCUCAAUGGGAAGGAUCUAUCGGACCAGGACAUUCUGACCCAGAUCGCGGGCUCUGGGUCUUUUAGUCAAGAGGAAAUUAUGCCCCAAAUCGUGACGACGCUCGCCGCCGGAUACGAGAGUACAGCAAGCUCAUUAUCCUGGACAUUAUAUUGCCUUGCCGUCAAUCCCGAGAUACAAUGUGCUCUGCGGCAGGAGAUAGCCCAAGCGAAGUUAACCAAAACCUCGCUGGACGAGGAGUCCUAUGAGACGUUGCCACUGCUCAAUGGUGUCUGCAAUGAAGCAUCCCGCCUCUACCCUACAUUCGCAAUGACGUUACGCAAGGCCAUCUGCGAUACAUAUAUCAAGGGGCGUCUUGUCCCUGCUGGCACCUACAUUGCCAUCGUCCCACGAGCCAUCAAUCGAUCCCGUCACUUAUGGGGCCCAGAUGCCGAGAAAUUUAUCCCAGAAAGAUGGAUUGACCGAUCGGACCCGGAAAAGCCCAAGUUAAAUUCCACCGGCGGCUCUUCAUCGCCCAUCUGCAUGCUGUCCUUCCUAUAUGGACCCAGAAGCUGUGUUGGACGAUCUUUGGCGCUGGCCGAGAUCAGACGAGUUACAGCUCGCUUAGUCGAGGCUUUCCAUAUCCAACGGGCUGGUACGGGGGUGGUUGAACCGACUGGAUUUCUUUCGUCUGGCCCGCCUUCUGAUUUGAACCUUCUCUUCUCUCCGGUAUAG